AUGUCUGCGUCUGCUGUCGCCGCCGCUCCACCCGCUGCCUCCGUUACCGCGUCCAGCACCAGCAUCAGCAUAUCAGACGACGAGAGACUAUUUACCUCCGGUUCCAGCGCCAACUCUAGCUCAGACGGGCCUCCACCCGUUCCGUAUGCCAAGGGUGGCUGCCCACGCGCGGUGCAGCGUCGUUUUCGGCGCGUGCGGCACUGUCUCACGCACGUGUCGAUCACGUUUCCCGUGAGGCGAGCGGCCAGCGGUCUUACGGUAAUUGCUGCAUUGCUCAUGGUGGGAAUCGUAGGCACCUUUGCGCUGCGCCAAAUGAUGAGCCCGGAGAUUGAGGCGCUCACGCAACAGCGAGAGAGACUUAAGCACGAUGUGACGGUCUUGCGACUGCAGGUGGAGAACAUGACUCGCAUUGCCGAGAGUCGCCUCGAGACGAUUCACUUGCUUGAGACGGAGCUCGAGCGGCAGCACGUGCAAGCGGCGGAAGCUGCAGCCAUUGCCACUCCUGGCACCAAGCACGGUGCCGAUUCGACUGUACCUUACAAUGACCUGAAGAAUGGCGAGUCCCAUCCGGGGAGAACGCUACCUACAAUUGUGUUUUCGCUGUUGCUAGGCUCGAUUGUGCUUGCAUCGGUGCUAUAUCGCAUCUUUUUCAUCAUCCGCGGCGAGAUUGUCUGGCAGCAAGCGUUCAGAAAGCGAAAGUAUGCUAACGGCAAUGUUGCCACUGAUCCCAUGAUGUCGAUGACCAUGGAGUCGCCUUUGGAUGGCAAGAGGAAUGGAAGAAGGACGCCUCCGCUGUCCCCGACGCGAAAUUUGGAUAUUGAUGAUCCGCAGACCAAUGGGCACCAAAAUGCUGUGUCUAAUCCGUCCGUCAGUCCCAAAGCAAAAAGUGAACUUUCGCCGCAGUGCUAUAAGCGCGCGCCAGGAUCGUCUCCUACAGUGGUCUAA